AUGCGCCAUCUGUGCUAUGAUUGUCGGGCUGCAGCAUUUUUGUUCGUUGUUGCCCGUCUUGCAGCUGUCAGGAAGCAGGGCUAUCGCUUCUGCAAUACUUGUUGCAUCGUGCGGCCUCCACGGUCGUCGCACUGCUCCGACUGCGACAACUGCGUCUUGCGCUUUGAUCAUCAUUGCCCAUUCGUGAACAACUGUGUGGGGCAGAGGAACUACCACUAUUUCUUCGGCUUCAUCACGUGUGUGAUGGUCCUGGCUACUAUGGUGAUGCCUGCCCUGGCUUUGCACUUGUUCAACCCGGAUCAGGACAAGGCCAUGAAGAAUGCCGCAAAGAUUGACAAGUCGAUGUCCUUGCUGUUCUAUGCCAUGUGUGCCGUUGGCGCCUUGGUCACCUUCGCCGCAUUUCUUUCCCUGGUUCUCUGGCUUUACCAUUUGUUUCUCAUUGUAACACGGCAGACAACGAAGGAGUUCCGCAAAGGCAUCGCCAACAUCGACGAGGAGCCGACGCUGUGUGCUGCGCGCGGGCCGCAGCUCUUCGACCCCUGGGCGCUGGUGGAUCCAAAGGACCUCGGAAAUGCAAAGUCGAAGCGGCGGCGCUUGUUCCGGUGA